CCCCUUGGAAGUUCAUUCGUGGCGAAUAGGGGUAGACAUACUCUAAGUUCCUGUGGCUAUGUUGUUUGACCAGUUACUAUCUGGCCUCAAGGCCGGAGAUGGAACUAGGAUAUUUAGCCAGAUAUCGGCGUGGCACUUGGCGACGUCGAUUGUAUCGAUCGGUUUCGUUACCUUGGUAAUCGAUUAUGCUUAUAUGUUAUGGAUGCGCUCUAAACUUGUAAGUUAGCGACCCUUGAUACGGAGGAUGGAAGAUGGGACGUGUAGAACUAAGAAGAAAUGAAUAACAUAGCCCCCUGGUCCUUUCCCCCGACCAAUUGUUGGCAACACAUUCAUGCUCCCGAGCAAAAAGCCAUGGAUCUGGUUUGAAGAGCUUUCCAAGAAAUACAAUGCGCCACUGGUUACGAUAUGGAUAGGGCGGAAUCCAACAAUUUGGAUCAACGAUGCAUGGACAGCAUCAGAGCUCUUUGAGAAACGCGCUGGUAUUUAUUCGUCACGACCACGAAUGCUCGUGUUCGCAGAGUUGGGCGCAGGCCAAGAUAACCUAGUGAAUAUGUAUACGGCGAAUCCUGAGCAGCGUGACCGAUGGCGCGUCCACCGUAAACUAAUGCAUCAAGGCGUUGGCAUACAAUCAGUCCGCAGAUAUAGAGAAUUCCAGAACAAUGAGAGUCGAGUGGUCGCCUAUGACCUGCUCAAGGCUCCUGGAGACUAUGUCAAGCAUUUCGAGCGGUACGCGACAAGCGUCGUCUCUAUCAUUGGCUUCGGUCGGCGUGUAGAGAGCUGGGACGACCCCAUCAUUACCGAGGUCAUCGCCAUGAUGCAUUUGGCCGCCGAUUUAAACGUUCCUGGCAAGACAUUCCCUAUGCUGAUGGAAACUUUCCCAUUCCUUGCGAAGUUCCCCAACGAGAUUGCUCCCUGGAAAUAUGGGUUGGGUAGGAAACGCGCGUUCCACUUCUUCUACGCCCUAGCGGACGAGGCGGCUAAAAAGGAGGGCCAUGAUGACUCUUUUGUGAGCCACUUAUUUUCCGAGAGAACAAAAUACGACCUGAGGGAAGCCGAGAUAUCAUCGCUAACCGGGAACCUCUUUGGCGCUGGAUCUGACACGAGCAGUAGCACUUUAAUCACAUUUGUGUUAGCCUGCUGUGCAUUCCCAGAGGCGUUGAUACCAGCAUGGGAAGAGCUUGACCGAGUGGUCGGUCCAUACAGGAGUCCAACCUGGGAAGAUGAGGAAAACUUGCCAUACAUCAAAGCUUUUGUUAAGGAAGUGUUACGCUGGCGUUCAGUGGCCAUCAUCGGAGGACAGCCUCACGCACCGACACAAGACGAUUACUACAAUGGUUGGCUCAUCCCCAAGGGUACCUGGAUUCAAGGCAAUGUGUGGGCGAUUCACCAUAACGAGCGCGAGUUCCCUGAUCCCGAUCGCUUUAACCCCAAUCGAUUCCUUCCUGGGCACCCUGAUAGCCGACCGUUCCCUGGAGAGAGAGGAUAUAUGACUUUCGGAUGGGGUCGUAGGGUCUGUUCGGGACAAGCUCUGGCUGAACAGGGAACUUGGAUCACAGUAGCAAGGAUACUAUGGGGCUUUAAUGUCCAGAAGAAGAAGCGCGCGGACGGUAGCACGGUUGAGGUGGAUAUCUUUAAUUAUACAAACGGAUUGAACAUGCGACCUCAACCAUUUGAAUGUAGCAUCGCGCCACGCAAUGAGGAGAUUCGCCAGACGAUAGAGCGCGAAGGUAAGCAAGCUCUUGAAGAAUUGGAACAAUAUCGCGGAGAGACCAAGUAUCGCAUGUCGACCUUCUAUACCCGAGACAACCUAGCGAUGAAACUGUACGGAGACGAUAAGAAAUAAAGACAGCCGUCUAGUUGACAGUAUUCGUACAUACUCCCGCGGUCGCCCGUCACCUUAUACAUAAAAUGCAAAUGAGGCGCAAUUUGAAUCCGCGAUUUUAUCUAAAUAAAGAAGAAAUUAGAAUAGAUUAAUCAUCCAAUUUGACCACUAUCGAAGAAAAGACUCACCUUCAGC